AUGAUUUGUGACUCUAAUAACUCCAUAACUCCAAACAGCGCAGAGGAAAAGGUUGAUGUGGAUGAAGAUCAUGAAACAAGGAUUAAGUUAGCAUAUAUAUGUGAUGACUGGAUAUUCGAUUCUCUUGGGAAGUCAUUUCCAAUUGAUUAUACUGAAGAAAAACAGCAACAACAACAGCAAAAAGAAGAAAUUUGUGUAAAACAUAUAAUCAACAGCGAUAUGGAUAAUGAAAAUAUUCGGAAACGAUUACAGCUAGCGAUGAAUGAGACGAAAAAAUUACGCUAUCGUUUAUAUUCACUUAUUGUAACGGCACGUGCAGAGCUUAAGAAAUUAAACCAGGAAAAAAUUCAACUUUCACAUAAAUUGAAUGCCAACUUCAUAAUCGAGUGUUCCAGUUGCAAAUCUGUGAAUAAUAUACGAAAGAAUUCAAUGAAGCCGAAAUAUUUAAAAAUUUUCAAAGGACGAAAUGCUGUUGAAUUAUUAUUCGACAAUUAUCAAAAUUUGCAGAAAUGGCUGGUACUAAACAAUUUGGAUGAAUGGGAUGGUUUUUCAUUUUUGAACGAAAAUUCACGACGAACCUACCAAACUUUAGAAUCUUCUGGAAGCUUAAUUGCUCAAAAAACCGAUGAAAUUUUUCGUAAGCAUAAUAUUCAAGCUGCUAGAAAUGCGUGUAGUUCAGCUAAUUCGUCAAGAGAUUCGGAUAUGACUUUGAAUCUUCCAUCGUAUAAAAGCAGCUUUUGGGAACGGAAAAAGGCAACGAAUAAGAAUAAGUCAGAAUUUAGAUCAAAUAAAGAGAUAAACCAUUUUUCCUUGGAAAAGAGGCAAAGUACAGAAUGCGAAAGGAAUGCUGCAAAUGUCAUUCCAAAAGGAAACGAAUGUCAAAUUGAAGCUACAAAGAAACAAUUUAAAAGAAGAAAACCCAAUCGAAGUGAAAAUCUUCAUGAGAAUGGAUGUGAAAGAAAUUCUCCGGGAAGAAACGAAAUUAAUCGAAAAGAGAAAAUGAUUGCCUCAAAUGAAAAUGGUUAUAAAUAAUGUCAGCAAAUGUUUACAGUAGGCCUAAUCAUUGGCAUUUCAUAUCAUAUUACCAUAUUUCGCUUUGGUUUUACGAUUAGUUUUGCAGUUUCUUCGGAGGAAAACACCAAUGUUUUUCGUAAUAUAUCACAAGGCUUUUCAUCAAUUACGAUACGCUCGAAUGAUUUCCUGGCGGUAUAG